AUGGGGAAGCUUGUUGUUUAUGGAUCUGAUCAAACCCACUGUGCACUCCAAAAAGCUGUUAAAAUUGCAGGCAUUAACCCCUUGAAUUUUCGAUGUCUAUUGACCACAAAGUCUACUGGAUUUGGGUUAUCUCCCGAUGCACUAAGGUCGGCAAUUCAAUCAGAUAUCAAAUUUGGGCUAAUUCCAUUGUUUUUCUGUGCCACUAUAGGGACUACUUCGUCCAAUGCAGUUGAUCCAUUGGGGCCAUUAUGUGAUGUAACAAAAGAUUAUAAUAUAUGGGUUCAUAUUGAUGCUGCAUAUGCAGGAAGUGCAUUUAUUUGCCCAGAGUUUCGUCAUUUUCUUGAUGGUAUUGAGGUAUUUGAAGAACUAGGCUUCCGAUUCAAACCAACUGGUGGACUACAAAGACUGGCAAAUAGCAUUGAGCCGACGAUUCCGAGCAAUGAAGCUAUGGCUUGUGCUCAGAAGCUAUGGACCAUUUGCUACAUAGCAACCACGCCACUUCCGCAAGAAAAACCACCUAACUCAACGUUGAUCCCAAUGGGUACUAUCAAAAUGAACAUUGAUCUAGAUAACUAUCUCAACACAACCAUGAAUCCUCUAGACCCUGAGGAAUUCAGGAGGCAAGGCCACAUGAUUGUGGACUUCCUUGCAGACUACUACAAAAAUGUUGAGAAACAUCCAGUUCGAAGCCAAGUUGAACCGGGUUACCUUCGAAAACGCCUGCCGGAGCUUGCUCCAGAUGAGCCUGAAACUAUAGAAACAAUUCUAAAAGAUGUGCAAAAGGAUAUCAUACCUGGUUUAACACAUUGGCAAAGUCCAAACUUCUUUGGUUACUUCCCUUCCAGUGGAAGCGUAGCAGGAUUUAUUGGUGAAGUGCUUAGCUCUGGCUUUAAUGUUGUUGGAUUCAACUGGAUUUCAUCACCAGCUGCCACAGAGCUAGAGAGCAUAGUGACGGACUGGUUUGGAAAAAUGCUUAACCUUCCCAUUUCAUUUCUUUUCUCUGGCGGUGGUGGUGGUGUUCUACAAGGGACUACUUGUGAGGCCAUCCUGUGCACACUAACCGCGGCGAGGGAUCAAAUGUUGGACAAAAUUGGGAGAGAAAACAUGGGGAAGCUUGUUGUUUAUGGGUCUGAUCAAACCCACUGUGCACUCCAAAAAGCUGCUAAGAUUGCAGGCAUUAACCCCUUGAAUUUUCGAUCUCUAUUGACCACAAAGUCUACUGGAUUUGGGUUAUCUCCCGAUGCACUGAGAUCAGCAAUUCAAUCAGAUAUCAAAUUUGGGCUAAUUCCAUUGUUUUUCUGUGCCACUAUAGGGACUACUUCGUCCAAUGCAGUUGAUCCAUUGGGGCCAUUAUGUGAUGUAGCAAAAGAUUAUAAUAUAUGGGUUCAUGUUGAUGCUGCGUAUGCAGGAAGUGCAUUUAUUUGCCCAGAGUUUCGUCAUUUUCUUGAUGGUAUUGAGGGUGCUAACUCAUUUAGCCUCAAUGCACAUAAAUGGUUCUUCACCACUUUGGAUUGUUGUUGUCUCUGGGUAAAGGAACCAAGUGCCCUAAUCAAAGCUCUCUCAACUGAUCCGGAGUAUUUGAAGAACAAGGCUUCCGAUUCAAACCAAGUGGUGGACUACAAAGACUGGCAAAUAGCAUUGAGCCGACGAUUCCGAGCAAUGAAGCUAUGGCUUGUGCUCAGAAGCUAUGGAGUAUCAAACCUCAGAAACUUCAUAAGAGGUCAUGUAAAAAUGGCUAAACAUUUUGAAGGGCUCAUAGCCAUGGACAAGAGGUUCGAGGUUGUGGUUCGGAGAAAUUUUGCAAUGGUUUGUUUUCGGGUUUCGCCAUUAAUGGUGGGAAAUGCUACUCAGAAGCUUUUAGGUGAAGGAGAUGCAAAUGAAUUCAACAAAAAGCUUUUGGAAUCCAUUAAUGCAACAGGGAGAGUGUACAUGACACAUGCUGUGGUUGGGGGAGUGUACGUGAUAAGGCUUGCUGUUGGAGCAACACUUACAGACUAUUGCCAUGUGAACAAGGCUUGGAAGGAGAUAAAAGAGCAUGCACAUGCCAUGCAAAAUGAGUUUUUGUGA